ACAGGAGAUAGUGGAUAACUCCCUUCAAAAAUGGAGGAUGGAAAGCCCGUUUGGGCUCCACACCCUACAGAUGGAUUUCAGAUGGGCAAUAUUGUGGAUAUUGGCCCUGAUAGCUUAACAAUUGAACCCUUGAACCAAAAAGGCAAGACAUUUUUGGCUCUCAUAAACCAAGUGUUCCCUGCAGAAGAGGACAAUAAAAAAGAUGUGGAAGAUAACUGUUCACUAAUGUAUUUAAAUGAAGCCACGCUCCUCCAUAAUAUCAAAGUUCGAUACAGUAAAGACAGAAUUUAUACAUAUGUCGCCAACAUUCUGAUUGCAGUGAACCCAUACUUUGACAUACCUAAAAUAUAUUCUUCAGAAACAAUCAAGUCGUAUCAAGGAAAAUCUCUUGGGACGAUGCCACCUCAUGUCUUUGCAAUUGCUGAUAAGGCUUUUCGAGACAUGAAGGUGCUCAAGAUGAGUCAGUCUAUCAUUGUAUCUGGAGAGUCAGGAGCUGGCAAAACGGAAAAUACAAAAUUUGUUCUAAGGUAUCUGACUGAAUCCUAUGGAACAGGUCAAGAUAUUGAUGAUAGAAUUGUUGAAGCUAACCCACUCUUAGAAGCCUUUGGAAAUGCAAAGACUGUUCGCAACAAUAAUAGCAGUCGAUUUGGAAAAUUUGUAGAAAUACAUUUCAAUGAGAAGAGUUCAGUUGUUGGAGGAUUUGUUUCACAUUAUCUUCUAGAGAAAUCUAGGAUCUGUGUUCAAGGCAAAGAGGAAAGGAAUUAUCAUAUCUUUUAUAGGUUGUGUGCUGGUGCUUCUGAAGAUAUUAGGGGAAAACUUCAUUUGAGCUCCCCAGAUAAUUUUCGGUAUUUAAACCGAGGCUGCACUAGAUACUUUGCUAACAAAGAAACUGACAAACAGAUUUUACAGAACCGAAAAAGUCCUGAGUAUCUUAAGGCAGGUUCCUUGAAAGACCCUCUGUUAGAUGACCAUGGAGACUUUAUUAGAAUGUGCACGGCCAUGAAGAAGAUUGGUCUGGGUGAUGAAGAAAAGCUGGAUCUGUUCCGGGUGGUAGCUGGUGUCCUGCACCUUGGAAAUAUUGAUUUUGAGGAAGCCGGCAGCACUUCAGGUGGUUGUAAUCUGAAGAAUAAAUCUACUCAGUCAUUGGAAUGUUGUGCUGAAUUACUGGGUUUGGAUCAAGAUGAUCUUCGUGUAAGUCUAACUACAAGAGUCAUGCUAACAACAGCAGGGGGCACCAAAGGGACAGUUAUAAAAGUACCCCUGAAAGUGGAGCAGGCAAACAACGCUCGAGAUGCCUUGGCAAAGACUGUCUACAGCCAUCUUUUUGAUCAUGUGGUAAACAGAGUAAAUGAAUGUUUUCCUUUUGAAACAUCAUCCUAUUUUAUUGGAGUCCUAGAUAUUGCUGGUUUUGAGUACUUUGAACAUAACAGUUUUGAACAGUUUUGCAUCAACUAUUGCAAUGAAAAACUUCAACAAUUUUUUAAUGAAAGGAUUCUGAAGGAGGAACAAGAACUCUAUCAAAAAGAAGGUUUAGGUGUUAAUGAAGUACCUUAUGUGGAUAAUCAGGACUGUAUAGAUUUAAUUGAAGCAAAAUUAGUGGGAAUACUGGAUAUUCUGGAUGAAGAAAAUCGCCUUCCUCAGCCGAGUGAUCAGCACUUCACAUCUGCAGUUCACCAGAAGCACAAAGACCACUUCCGCCUCACUAUUCCUAGAAAAUCUAAGCUGGCAGUUCAUAGGAACAUCAGAGAUGAUGAAGGCUUCAUUAUUAGGCAUUUUGCAGGGGCAGUGUGCUAUGAAACAACCCAGUUUGUGGAGAAGAAUAAUGAUGCUUUACAUAUGUCUCUUGAAUCCUUAAUAUGUGAAUCCAGGGAUAAGUUUGUGCGGGAAUUAUUUGAAUCAUCCACAAAUAACAACAAAGAUACUAAACAAAAAGCAGGAAAACUUAGCUUCAUCAGUGUGGGGAACAAGUUUAAGACACAGUUAAAUUUGCUUCUGGAUAAACUUCGAAGUACUGGAGCAAGCUUUAUUCGUUGUAUCAAACCUAAUUUAAAGAUGACAAGCCACAACUUUGAAGGUGCUCAAAUUUUGUCUCAACUUCAAUGUUCAGGCAUGGUGUCUGUCUUGGACCUGAUGCAGGGUGGUUUUCCGUCACGAGCUUCCUUUCAUGAACUCUAUAACAUGUAUAAGAAGUAUAUGCCAGACAAACUUGCAAGAUUAGAUCCAAGGCUAUUUUGUAAGGCUCUUUUUAAAGCCUUGGGCUUAAAUGAAAUUGACUACAAGUUUGGGUUAACAAAAGUAUUUUUUAGACCUGGCAAGUUUGCAGAAUUUGAUCAGAUUAUGAAGUCUGACCCUGACCAUUUAGCAGAGUUGGUUAAAAGAGUCAAUCACUGGCUUGUCUGCAGUCGAUGGAAGAAAGUUCAGUGGUGCUCACUCUCAGUCAUCAAAUUGAAAAACAAAAUAAAAUAUCGAGCUGCAGCCUGCAUUAAAAUGCAAAAAACUAUUCGAAUGUGGCUUUGCAAAAGGAGACACAAACCUCGCAUUGAUGGCCUGGUUAAGGUGGGCACACUGAAAAAACGACUUGAUAAAUUUAACGAAGUAGUAAGUGCACUGAAAGAUGGAAAACCAGAGAUGAAUAAACAGAUCAAGGACCUUGAAAUUUCUAUUGAUGCUUUAAUGGCCAAAAUUAAGUCCACUAUGAUGACAAGGGAACAAAUACAGAAAGAAUAUGAUGCACUGGUUAAAAGCUCAGAGGAACUCCUCAGUGCAUUACAGAAAAAAAAAAAGCAAGAAGAAGAAGCAGAAAGGCUGAGGCGUAUUCAAGAAGAAAUGGAAAAAGAAAGGAAAAGACGUGAAGAAGAUGAACGACGUCGAAGAAAGGAAGAGGAGGAAAGGCGGAUGAAACUUGAGAUGGAAGCCAAGAGAAAACAAGAAGAAGAAGAGCGAAAGAAAAGGGAAGAUGAUGAAAAACGGAUUCAUGCUGAAGUGGAGGCACAGCUGGCCCGACAGCGCGAGGAGGAGUCCCAGCAGCAGGCGGUCCUGGAGCAGGAGCGCCGCGACCGGGAGCUGGCCCUGCGGAUCGCCCGGAGUGAAGCGGAACUCAUCAGCGACGAGGCCCAGGCUGACCUUGCGCUCCGGAGCUUGGAUUCCCAUCCAGUAACUUCUAACAUUGAUGGAGCAAGACCCAAAAUGACACCGGAACAAAUGGCGAAAGAAAUUUCAGAAUUUUUGAGUAGAGGUCCUGCUGUACAAGCCACCAAGGCAGCUGCUGGUACCAAGAAGCAUGAUCUUAGUAAAUGGAAAUAUGCAGAACUGCGUGACACCAUCAAUACGUCUUGCGAUAUUGAGCUCCUGGCAGCUUGCAGAGAAGAAUUUCAUCGGCGACUUAAAGUGUAUCAUGCUUGGAAAUCCAAGAACAAGAAGAGAAAUACUGAAACAGAGCAGCGUGCCCCCAAGUCUGUUACUGAUUAUGAUUUUGCACCAUUUUUGAACAAUUCACCUCAGCAGAACCCAGCGGCGCAGCUUCCUGCCAGGCAGCAGGAGAUCGAAAUGAACCGGCGGCAGCGCUUCUUCCGCAUCCCGUUCAUCCGCCCCGCUGACCAGUACAAAGACCCACAGAGUAAGAAGAAAGGCUGGUGGUAUGCCCAUUUCGAUGGACCGUGGAUUGCCCGGCAAAUGGAACUCCAUCCUGACAAGCCACCCAUCCUUCUUGUGGCUGGUAAGGAUGACAUGGAGAUGUGUGAGCUGAAUCUUGAAGAGACAGGCCUGACUCGAAAGCGUGGUGCUGAGAUUUUGCCAAGACAGUUUGAAGAAAUUUGGGAACGCUGUGGAGGCAUCCAGUACCUUCAGAAUGCAAUGGAGAGCAGACAGGCUCGGCCCACGUCUGCAACGGCCAUGCUUCAGAGUCUGCUGAAGUAG